UCCUCAAGCAAUUGCAAUGGCGAGAGAAAGAGAUGUGGACCGAGUAAAGUCUCGCAUGAAAGUAGUUUUAUUCUUCAUCCCAUUUUAUAUUCAGUUCCUCACCUCUAACAUUCCCUCAAAUCCAUCGCUACAGAAGCUCUGCAGUCUGAAUUACACCAAACAAUAUCAAUCUCUCACCACUGACCAUUUCCUUCAUUCAUUCACUUUCGUUUUAAUUCUCUUGAUAGCUUCGAGAUUCUGGUUUCUCCGAGAGAAUCCGAUUUGGGUUUCGUUGUAUUUAGCACUUGAUUCAGAAAACAUGAAGUGUGGUCAGAAAAAAGGGCAUGUGGGUGAAAUAUUGAAGUGAACUGAGGAAUGUGGAAACGUUCUAUGCAAUGGCUGAUUGUGUGUGUUUAUUCAGAAAUUGAAAGAAAUUGAGAGGGGUUUUUCUUUUUCUUGUUUUGAGUUCGAGAUAGGUUUACUGAUCCUACAGGAAUUAUGGCUGGUAGCAGUGAAGAAGAUGUGGUUUAUGUGGCUGUGGGAAAUGAUAUAAAGGCGUGUAAAUUGAAUUUGGUCUAUGCUAUAAAGCAAUCAGGUGGGAGGAAGAUUUGUAUCCUUCAUGUUCAUGAGCCAGCAAAGUUGAUUCCAAUCUUGGGAACAAAAUUUUUGGCAAGUUCUAUGAAAGAAGAGAAAGUAAAUGCAUAUCGCGAACUUGAGAGGCAGGAUGCAAAUAAGAUUCUUGAUGGAUUCCUUCUCCUCUGUCACCAGGCUGGGGCUCGGGCAGAGAAACUUUAUUUUGAAUCUGACAAAAUUAAGAAGGGAAUUGUGGAGCUUGUCUCCCUUCAUGGAAUUAGAAGGCUUAUUAUGGGUGCAGCAGCGGACAAGUAUCACUCAAGAAAAAUGACAAAAAUCAGGUCGAGGAAAGCUAUGUAUGUUCACCUGAAUGCACCAGCUUUCUGUCAAAUUCAAUUUGUUUGCAACGGGCAGCUAAUUCGCAUUAGGGAAGCUUGUCCACAAGAACCUCAUGCAGAUAUCUCACUGCCAUCACCUCAGUCACAGAACAUCAACGGGGCAAGUUGGAGACCAGUGCAGUCUGGCCAAUUUAAUGGGAGAAUAAUAGACAGUCCAUCAAUUGGCAUGGAAAGGCUUACAAUUUCAGAUGCCAUUUUGAAUACUAGUGGGACUUGGAGCGCUUUUGAGCAUUCAUAUUCAACAAGUCCAUCCAGUGGGUGUAUGGAUGUUGCAUCUUCAAGGACUGAGGAAGAUGAGUUUGAACUAGGAUUAGAUUCUCCUCGUCAGUUGACUAAUUUUGCUCCCAACUCAUCUCCUCCACAUUUGUUGGGAUUCCAGCAAGAUGGAAGUGCUGAUGAUAGUCUUUAUAUUCAACUUGAAAAGGCGAUAACCGAUGCAGCAAAUGCCAGGCGAGAAGCCUUUAGAGAGGCAUUGAAGCGAGCAAAAGCUGAAAUAGAACUUGGCCAUGCUAUUCGCAGGGCUAAAGUUGCUGAAGCCUUGUAUGCUGAAGAGUUCAGAGGAAGGAAGGAAACUGAAGAAGCACGGUCAAAAGAAAGAGAAGAACUUGACGAUGUGAAGAACCAAGUAAAUGAAAUGACGAAGGAGCUCCAAAUUGCUCGAAACAAGGGAUUAAAAUUAGAAAACCAAAUUGCAGAAUCUGAUGAGAUGGUGAAGGAGUUAGAGCAGAAGAUUCUCUCAGCCAUAGAACUGCUGCAUAAUUACAAAAAUGAUCGAGAUGAGUUGCUGAAGCAACGAGAUGAAGCACUCAAAGAAUUGAAUGACAUAAGGACGAGACAAGUAGAGGCCAGAAUUCAACAUAGUGCUCAUGAGUUCUCAUUCUCAGAAAUUGCAGAAGCGACUCGGAAAUUCGAUCCCUCCCUUAAGAUUGUAGAGGGUACAAAUGGAAGCAUGUAUAAAGGUCUGCUGUAUAACACUGAGGUUUCCAUUAAAAUGCUCUGUUCUCAUAACUUGCAGAAUCCAGAAGACGAGUUUCAACGUGAGGUUGAUGUAUUGAGUAAGCUGAGACAUCCCAAUAUUGCCACACUCAUUGGAGUCUGUCCGGAGGCUUGUAUUCUUGUCUAUGACUAUUUUCCUAAUGGAAAUUUAGAAGAUAGGCUAGCUUGCAAGGACAAUUCCUCUCCAUUAUCAUGGAAAACUCGGAUACGUAUCGCUACAGAGUUAUGCUCGGCUCUUAUAUUUAUUCAUUCGAAUAAAGUUUGCAAGAUCAUUCAUGGUGACAUGAAGCCUUCAAAUGUACUAUUAGAUGCAAAUUACGUUCCUAAACUUGCCGGAUUUGGAACUUGUCAUUUUUUGCCUCAUGAUGAAAAGUCAAGUUACAAUGAGGAUUUAUCUGCCGGAUAUGAUGCGAAAGGCAAUCAUGAAUUCCCUCUCACAACAGAAUUAGAUGUUUUUUCAUUUGGCAUGAUAUUGUUAAGUUUGUUAACUGGACAAUCAUACUUGAGAUUGAAAGAAGAUGUCCAGUUCAUCAUAAACAUAAAGAAACGAAAAUUGAAAGAUGUUUUGGAUCCACGAGCAGGGGACUGGCCAUUCGUGCAGGCUGAACAGUUGGCCCAGUUGGCAUUGAGGUGUUGCAAUACAAAUAGUAUGUACAGGCCAGACCUUGUAUCUGAUGUGUGGAGAGUACUUGAGCCAAUGAGGGCUUCUUGUGGAGGUUCACAAUCAGUAUGCCUAAGCUUUGGAGACCAGCAAGUGCAACCUCCUCCUUAUUUCAUAUGUCCUAUUUUUCAGGAAGUCAUGGAGGAUCCUCACGUAGCAGCCGACGGGUUUACUUACGAGGCAGAGGCUUUGAGAGGAUGGUUAGACAGUGGACACGACACUUCACCGAUGACGAACCUAAGGCUUGAUCACCAAAACCUCGUCCCUAACCGUGCUCUUCGUUCUGUAAUUCAAGAAUGGUUGCAACAGCACCAGUAAGUCCAUUGAUUCAGUUUGGUGUUAUGUUUCUGUUUUCAUAUAGUUAAUAAUGUUUGCCAUUCCAAGAGUAGGGGAAAAGAGAAGGAAAAGAUAGAAAGAGAGGUAGAUGAAAAGGGAAACAAUAGAAGUGUAAAGAUGCAUAUAAGAUAUAGAAAAAGAAAUGAGCUAUGUGAAUAAUGUGUUUCUUUUUUGUUUGUGGUGGGUUCCUAAAGUUUGGAGAAUGAAUCUGCUAUCAUCCUUUACUGUUGGGUAGCAGUGAUAUAGAAAAUGAUGUGCAUUCAAUUCCAUCCCAGUGUACAUGAAAGUGUGAAUACGUCUGUUUCUUAUAUUUGAUUUGAUUUGAUUAUUUAACAGACACCAGUCCAAGCAAGUUGUCCAUUAGACAAGAUGCUAUUUUGCAAAAUUCCUUUCACCUUCCAAUGAGAUGAAAUCAAUUAUUUCAUGUUGGCUUUAUCAUUUGAUUACUUAUAUUUAUACUUCGAAUUUGUGCAAGCCAACUAUAUCAUUUUGGAUUGGGUUAGUUUUUAAUCUUCAUGUCACGUUUCAGUUUUAUCUCUUGUAUUCUAUAAGAGGGUGUUUGGGGCGUUGAAUUGAGUUUUAAAGUCUGAAAUUAGGAAGUUUGUGUUUGGUAUGCAUAGUUGUUUAGUCUAUAGUUA